AUGGCGAAGAUUAACGCAACGUAUAGCUCUGGCUACUACCUCGCACCCGAUACCGAUUAUCGCAAGCUUGAAGAUGAGCAGGAGCGGAAUCGAAAACGUGAACGUCGUGAAGGGCGUCAACAACAACAACAAGGUGAUGUAGAAACUAAAACGGCUAUUCGACAGACAUUUGCUAUUCCGUUUAAUAUCAUCUGUCUUCACUGCAACCGCCGUAUUGCACGAGGAACACAUGGAUAUGUGAACCGUCGAGCGACGGAAGAGAAGUACAUGGGUAUACGCAUCUGGGAAUUAGAAUUUCGUUGUAUCUUCUGUAAGGGGCAUAUAUAUCUAAAGACAGACUAUGAAACCGCAAAAUUAACAGGUGGCUAUCAUUGUAGUCGCAACUGUAGAAGAGGUGAGGGAGAUUUUUACGGUACAAAUCAAAUUAAUGAAGAGGUUCGAGCGCAGCAGGCGGCAGAAGAGGCGGAGAAAGGCACAUUAGAGGCAUUGGAGCGGGAGAAUGAGGCAAUGCGAGAGUUACAAGAGAGAGAACGCCUCAUUGAAGAACUUGUGGAGUCGCGGGCAGGGAGAUUGGAGGAAGAUACACGGGAUGAACUGUUGAAUGCUAUUCAAUCGAGAGAAAGACAACGACAACAAGAGGAAGUAAAAGGAGAAGAACAAGAAGAAGAAGAACAACAACAACAGGAGGAAGGUGAUGAUCAUGGUUCAUUGAAGAAACUAAGUGUUGAGGAGGAAGAGGCUUAUCAGCGCUUUGAGGCACAACUUCGUUCUUGGCGCGAGGAGGCAGAGAAGCAGCAAUCAAAAGAUGACGCCGGGGAGGAGGCGAGAGUAGCAGCAGUCAUCACAGCAAAAUAUUCUACCGCUCCUGCCACUACAACAGUAUCCGCACCAACCCCACAAGCACAACCACAACCACAAUCAUCAACAACAAUAUCAACAUCAUCAUUAACAACAUCAAAAACAAUGGUAGAAAAGCGGCAGAAUGUCUUUAUGAAUGACUCAGAUUCAGACUCAGACGGUAUGGACCUGACAUUGACGAAGAAAGAGCGUGAUGUAUCAAAAGUAGUUUCCAAUACCUCUACUGGGGGUACAUCUACUACUACUACUACUACUACUACUACUACUACUAUAGCAUCUAGACGACGAAAAAGUGGUGUAUUGAGCUCUUUGUUAGAUGAUUAA